CCACGUGGCUUCCUCCAGCAAACAUUUUCACUCAUUUUCCAGGUCGGUUUUAUUUAGAGGCGGUGCCCGGCUGCCGAGAGGCGUCCGGUGACACUCGAGUGCCACUCGGCCGACUUGGGGGCCCCCGCAGCCGCCCUGCCCGUCGCAGCAGCGCGCCCCGCCGCCGCCCCCCCUCCCCUCGGAGCCCCGCCGCGGCCGCCUGCUUCCCCCCCUCCCCGGGAAAAAGCCCACCGCGGAAUAUAAAAAAAAGGAAAGAAAAAAAAAAAAAGGAGGAGAGAGAGAGAGGAGGGGAAAAAAAAAAAAGAAAAAAGGAGGAAAAAGCCCCCCGGCCGGCUGUGGGGUGGCAGUGCGCGGCCGGAGCCCGACGGCGCGGGCGCACGGUGGAGCCCCCCCGGGAGGCGCGCUGCGAGCCCCGCCGCCCCCCAGCCCGCGGCCCGCCGCCCCCCGCCGCCACCAUGAACAAGCUCUACAUCGGCAACCUCAACGAGAGCGUCACCGCCGCCGACUUGGAGAAAGUCUUCACCGAGCACAAGAUCUCCUUCAGCGGGCCCUUCCUCGUCAAGGCCGGCUAUGCCUUUGUGGACUGCCCCGACGAGCAGUGGGCCAUGAAAGCCAUCGAAACUUUUUCGGGGAAAGUGGAGCUUCAUGGAAAGCAGCUAGAGAUUGAACAUUCAGUACCUAAAAAGCAAAGGAGCCGGAAAAUUCAAAUCAGAAACAUCCCGCCCCAGCUGCGAUGGGAGGUUCUGGAUGGUUUGCUAGCCCAGUAUGGUACCGUAGAGAACUGCGAGCAAGUGAACACGGACAGCGAGACGGCCGUCGUGAACGUCACCUACGCGAACCGGGAGCAGACCCGACAAGCCAUCAUGAAGCUGAACGGGCACCAGCUGGAGAACCACGCGCUGAAAGUCUCCUACAUCCCCGACGAGCAGUCCAUGCAAGGGCCGGAGAACGGGCGGCGGGGCGGCUUCGGGGCCCGGGGUGCCCCCAGGCAGGGCUCCCCCGUCACCGCGGGGGCACCCGUCAAGCAGCAGCCGGUGGACAUCCCCCUGCGCCUGCUGGUGCCCACGCAGUACGUGGGCGCGAUCAUCGGCAAGGAAGGGGCCACCAUCAGGAACAUCACCAAGCAGACGCAGUCCAAGAUCGAUGUGCACCGGAAAGAGAACGCGGGAGCUGCGGAAAAAGCCAUCAGCAUCCACUCCACCCCGGAGGGCUGCUCCGCCGCCUGCAAGAUGAUUUUGGAGAUCAUGCAGAAGGAGGCGAAAGACACCAAGACAGCUGAUGAAGUGCCUCUGAAAAUCUUGGCCCAUAACAACUUUGUGGGGCGCCUGAUCGGCAAAGAAGGGCGAAACUUGAAGAAAGUGGAGCAGGACACAGAGACAAAGAUCACCAUCUCGUCCUUGCAGGACUUGACCCUGUACAACCCCGAAAGGACCAUCACGGUGAAGGGCUCCAUCGAGAACUGCUGCAAAGCGGAGCAGGAGAUCAUGAAGAAAGUGCGGGAAGCCUACGAGAACGACGUGGCAGCCAUGAGUUUACAAUCUCACCUCAUCCCUGGCCUCAACCUGGCUGCGGUUGGCCUCUUCCCUGCCUCCUCCAACGCAGUACCUCCUCCGCCGAGCAGCGUCUCCGGGGCAGCUCCCUACAGCUCCUUUAUGCCUCCGGAGCAGGAGACCGUGCACGUCUUCAUCCCCGCUCAGGCCGUCGGCGCGAUCAUCGGCAAGAAGGGCCAGCACAUCAAGCAGCUCUCGCGGUUCGCAAGUGCCUCGAUCAAGAUUGCACCUCCGGAGACGCCGGACUCCAAAGUGCGCAUGGUCGUCAUUACGGGCCCUCCGGAAGCUCAGUUCAAGGCACAAGGCCGGAUUUACGGGAAACUCAAGGAGGAGAACUUUUUCGGACCUAAAGAAGAAGUAAAGCUGGAGACGCACAUCCGGGUCCCUGCCUCGGCCGCGGGGCGGGUCAUCGGCAAAGGAGGCAAAACCGUCAACGAGCUGCAGAACCUGACGGCGGCCGAGGUGGUGGUGCCGCGGGAUCAGACCCCCGACGAGAACGAGCAAGUCAUCGUGAAGAUCAUCGGGCAUUUCUACGCCAGCCAGAUGGCUCAGCGCAAGAUCCGCGACAUCCUGGCCCAGGUGAAGCAGCAGCACCAGAAGGGACAGAGCGGCCAGACACAGGCGCGACGGAAAUAAGAGCAGCAACGACGGCAACGUGAAAAGUGGAACGAGCCAAUGCCGGGCUUAAGAGUGGCUGGGAAUCAGUUACCGUAGACAGAUGCUAAUUUUUCAUUACCCGAUCGAGAUUAAAAGGCAGUUUGAUUGGCUUCCAAGGUAGAUGUCUAGGUUCAGAUCAGACCGCAUAAUUGGAUCCGUUUUUAGCUCCGUGUGCCAGAACAGCUACUUAAAUGAAGUGAGACGUGCUGCAGCAUGGCGGGCGAACCCAAGGCGCGCCUGGGCCCCAGAGAUGCUCGCUCCCCUCUUGCCGGUGCAGCAUUUGUCCUCUCAUUUAAGUAGCCUUUGGAGGUACAAAGCCACCCCGAUCGCUGCGUCCCCCCGUCUUCCCCAGCAGCGCGGCUGGCGAAAAAUUCCCAGAGCGGCGUUACACCUUUUGGAGCGCUGGAUUUUUAUUUCGACUUUCCUCUUUUUUAUAAUUUUUUUUUUUAUAUAAGUUUCAGCAGGCUCUUGCCAACCCCUAUUGGUGACGAGAGCCACCGUGGGCAAAAAAAACAAACACAAAAACCCCGCGGUGCCAAAUGGGUCCGGAUGCCUUGGCAGCGCUGUGGCGCUCCGGAGCUUCCUGCCGCCGGGCUGAGGCCAGUGCAGAGCCUUAGGGGCCAGGAGAGCCCCUCUGUUUUCCAGGACUAUUUUUUUUUCUUUUGUUUGGCCAUUUCUUUUGAUUUUAGUUUAGUUCACUUUAAAAGAAAAAAAAGGAUUUUUUUUUUUUUUUUUGAAGCCUAUGAAACGAUGGUGGAAGCGGGACACGCAGCUCAAGCAGUGACCAUUUUUCUCCGUGACCUCGGCUGCGGGCAUGACGACCCGUCCUAGGGACGAGGAAAACCGUCCGGGGAAGGGAAGGGGCGAGGGGAAGGGUUUUGAUUUUUCCCUCUUCCCUUGAAGCCAGAGUAAUAAAACAAACAAAAAACCCCAAGAAAACCCUACUUGGCAGGAAACAUGAGUUAAUCUUCAUCUAUGCAGCGAUCAGAUGAUGGGAGCCUGAUGCAUGCAGAAGAGCGAAGGCUGGGGGUCUUCGGAGCGCCUAAGGGAUUUUGGGGUGCAAAGGAGGAUGGGGCUUAAGGUCGCCCGGGAUUUGGGGUUGGAUUUGCCACGAUCCUCAUGGCUGAACCUGGGGAGGUUUUGGCACCAGAGCUUCCCCAGGGUCCAGGCAGAGGGGAGGGACUGCGGCCGCCUCGGCCGAGUCCUCUGAGAUCCGCUGGGCACGCGAGCGUCCAGCCUCGCUUUCCCCACCCGGAGCAGGCGAUUUGUGCCCCAACUUCCCUUUGGCCUCGCUGCAGCACGAGAAUGCAGGUUUUUUGCAAAAACACCCAGGGGGAUUUUUUUAUUAGCUCACUGGGAAGAUGCCAGUUCAUGUCCACUCUCCCGGGGUUAUUUGUCUUUUAUUUCCCCUCUGAUCUCUCUAGGUAGGGGGAAAAUAUUUCUGAAAUUUGGCACAUUUUUAUUAUCUUUUAAAGACUUUUUUACUUAUUUAAAAAAAACCCACCCUCCUUUCUGCAGCAAGAAUACCUGUUCUCAUGAGACAAUGCCAAAUAUAUACAUCAAACGAAUGUAAUAUGGUCACUGAUUCCCGUCACUCUUAGGUGGAUUUUAUAUUUUAGAUAUAUUUUAAUGAUUUGUUUUUACUAUGAGCAUUGGGAGGGGACAGUAACUGCUGCGAUAGCCUCUUCGGCGUGGGGCGAGGUCUCGUCUCCACGCCGCGAGCGGGGCCAGGGUGCGAGCGGAGCCCGGUCCUGCCCGGCCGGAGCCAAGUCCAGCCAAAGCGCUUUGAGUUUUGGGAGAUGCUGCCGGGAGCCGGGCCGGCUCUGAGAGCAUUUGGGGCUAAAACGAGGAGGGAAUUGGGGGGGGGGGAAACCUCGCACUGAUGAUUUUAACGUUUCUUUUUGAAGUGGAGACCAGACCUUCUGCUCCAGCAGUCGUAUUCCUGGGUGCAUCGUCCAAAGCGAGAACUGGCUUUUGAAUUUGGAUCAUGCAGCAUCAGGAACGCGGGCGGUUUAUUGCUAAGGCACCGCAGCAGCAGUUACUGUCCUUUUAACCAUUGCAACAACAACGAGAUGUGGGGGAAGGCCAGGUAUUGCUGUGUGUUUGAGCAACGAGAAAAAAAAAAAAAAGAAGAGAAAAGAAAAGAAAAAAAAAAAGCUACCUCAAGGUAUGAAGUUACCUCAGCAAUUGUUUUUUUUUUUUUGGGCUUGCUGAUAUUUUAUAUAAAAGCUGAUAGUCUUGAAUAUUUUAUUUUUUUAAUGAAAAGAGAAGUUAAGUUUCAUAAUUUCUUAUGAGCCAGGAGUUAUGUGCAGGUAACCAAGUGUUAUGAGCUCUCUAUGGAGAACGCCAGGAAUUGCAGACAUAGUGGAAAAGAUGGCAGCGGCUUAUUUUUGGCCUUUUCAAGCCAGUUAUAAAUUUCACCAUGACGCCAGAGCUGUCAGAUGUCGCGACUCUUCAAGACCUUGGACAAAUUGGAGCCCACCACCUUUUUCAAUUGGAAACUCUUUAUUUCCUUUUUUUUUUUUAAUUAAAAAAAAAAGCCACUGGAUUUAAAGGCUUUAAUCGAUCUGACUCCAUCGGGAAACCAAAUUAAAGAGCUCGGGCUCGGGAACCUUCCACUAAAGGGCAGACGAGCAUGGACUUGCCUUCAAGCACCACUCCUGGGCGUUGGGGUUGACUAUGCAAAGGGGUCCGCGGGGUUUGCCGUGCCGAGACGAGGCCAGCCCGGACGCUUUUCCAAACACGCUGAAGCCAUAUCUUACAGAACCAAACGCACGGGCCUGCCGCGGGAGGCGGAGGCAGCGUCAGACCAUCUUCUCCACUAUGAUGCUGUUAAAUAUUUUACCGAGAUUUACCUCAGUUUUACCGAGGAUAAGCAAACGAUUUAAAAAAAAAAAGCGAGAAAGAGAGAGAGAAAUAAAUGGGAGCCAAAUUUUUUUUUAUACAAAUGCACAUUGAAUUUUUAAAAAAACUGACAAAACGAUGGGCGCAAAUCGCUUUCCAGUUCGAAAGGUGCGCGCCGGUUUUUAAAGUCCCAUCUUGCUAUUUUUCACUGUACCUGCAGCAAAAUGACCCUUUAUGGAACGUUUUUGGAAAAAAUCAGUGGUGGUAAAGUCGAUCUGAACGUGGCCCGACCGCUUCCCAUUCUGCCCUUCCCCCUGGCCCCGCUCCUCUCCCCCUCCGGCCUCCGCGGGAAUUCCGGGUGCGUGAGGAAUGCCGGAUCAGGCCCCUAAAGAUUUGCAGCUUUAAAGAAGUACUGGCCCUUUUUCCGUAGGGACGGGGACGAGCGAGGAAUUGGGGCGCGGAAAAGCCCCGGCGCGCAUGCGGGAAGCGGCCGCGGGAAAGGCGGGCACGGGAUUUUUCACGUUUUUCCUAAUCUUUUUUUAAUGCCUCGUCAUUUGUCCUACCGAAAAACGGUCUCGUACCUCUUUAAAUCUCUGGCUCUCUACUUUUGACAGAACUUGCCUAGAACAGUUUAUUCAGACAUCGGUGAUUAUAAUUGUAUUUUCCAACAGCAAGCGUUUUUUGAUAACUGGUUCAAACUGUAUCAUUGAGGAGAAAAAAAAAAAACAAAAAAAAAACCCACCCACGGUGCUGUUCAUCUGAUUGUUGCAGCGGUCUAGCGAGAAGACCGCGACACCUGCCCAGAGCGCGACUGCUCAGGGAAACCCUCGGGGCUUCGCUCGGGUGCGAUUCCCCGGCGCUCUGCCGCGGGAGCGACAGGUGCCUUCGGGAAGAGCUGUGCGUUGGCGAGCGACGGCGGCAGCACCUAGCUCCUUCGCAGCCGGGCCCGCGAGCCGGCAAGGGUGGAUUUUGCUGCCGGUCGUUUCUCUCCUCCCUGCGGCCGCGAUUCGGGGAAGCGCUUCAACCGGCGCCAAGUCCCGUCACCUUGGGCAGGACUCAGUCGUCCUUUAAAGCAGCUUCGCUGUGGGAAGCUAUUUGCAGGAGGGAAGAUGCCUUCGAGCGCUGCUUGUUUCUCCGGAGCCGGCGUGAACUGUCGUGGGUGAAGCCGGGACCCCCCGUACGGACCGUUCAAAAGGGCGAUAAAACCGGUGGAAGGAGCCGUGAGCCAGCUUCAAAUCGGGCCUGAGCUGAAUAACCGGGAAAUAAAUCUCUAGCCAAACCAGGAACCCGAAAGAAAGGAGCAUAACCAGCCCCGCGGUAGCUCCUCCGCGUUUCCCGUCCCCUUUGCGCCAGGCAGAAAGGUAAUUCCAGGGAAACCGCCUGCACCCCCCCCGCAAGCGCACUGCUCGGCACGCGGCCGGCAGCAAACCCGCGCGUUGGGAGCAGACGGCUCGGUAAAGUGAGAGGCCUGGGAGCAGGCUCGUGCCCAGCUCCUGGAGCGGGAACGGCCCCGGGAAUGCCGCGGGAACGGCCCUGCAGAUGCUCUCCUUGGAGCCGGUGCUGCAUUUUUUAUUGUAGAAACGGUUGAGUUUUUUUUGCUUUUUCUUCAAACGGCCCUUUUGGAGGGUUUCCAAAGGCUCCCAAGGUUUUAACUGGGGGUGGAGGGAAGCAACAGGGCUCAGCAGGGAAAAACCGGGAGGGGAGAGGGGGCAAGUCUGGACUCGCGCUGGCCGUUCCCGCGGAGGCCGCGUGCCCGCAAGGGCCGAGCAGAGAGGUUUCUCCCGCUUUCGCCACCGCCUGGCUCCAAGGCCACGGAGCAGAGAGGAAAGAAGGAAAAAAAGAAGGAAAGAAACCCCAAUGUCACUGUGCCUCAGUUUCCCCCGGCGGGGAGUGAUGCUACUUACCUACCUCGCAGGGCUGUUGUGAGGCUUAAUGAAUUAACGCCUUCGAAGCACUUUUGCUGCAAAGUGUCGUUGCCGGCACUGACGACCGUCACGCUCCGCAGGGAUUUUCUUUUGGGCUCCGUUCCAACAGUACCGUAGUCGUGUUCCACCGUUCAGCUGGAGAAAAAAGAGAGAAAAGUUUAAAAAAACAAACAAAAAAAAAUCCAGGACAAAAAAACCCAACCAAACCCCAACCCAGCUUACCCGACCGCGUAACGAUUUUUCUCAUCCAAGCCCGACCGCUUCCCACUUUCCCGAGGUUCAGCCGCGGCGGGAGAGGCCGCGCUCCCUCCCCGGCCGGCAGCGCUGCAGCCCGAGCGAACGGCCAAGCUUGGAAGGGUUUUAAGGAGUCAAAAUAGACUGAAACAUCAUUGUAAAUUGGAAAAAGGAACCGCCUCUAAGCUACGUUUUAUGUUUCCUGGGCAUUAGGUUUUGGGUUUGUUUUUUAUUUUUUAUUUAGUGCGAAAAAGAAAAAAAAAACGUGGUAAAAGGUAGUCACAUAGUUAAUCAGUACCAGAAAAAUCUUUUUCUUUUAAUUUCUAGCUCCAACUAUUGUAUUUUUUAGAUUCUGAAAAAAAGAUCAGAAACGCAGACUUGCUAUAAGACGGUUGAAGACUUUUUAAAAAAUUUCUUUGAAGACUUUUUUUAAUUUAAUUUCUUUUCUGAAAAAAGAACAAAAAUGCAGGUUUUCCCUCCCCGUCCCCUGCUGGUCCACACCACAUAGGCUUUUAAUAUUUUUGGAACUUUUUUGCUUUCGAGGAGUUUAGUAACCAAUACUUUUUUUGUUGGUUUUUAUUUUGGGGUUGUUCUCUUUUUUUCUGUCGUCCGUUUUGUUUUGUUGGGUGAAAUCAGUGCGAUCCUGUGAGCCACGUGCCCUCCCGAGAGGUUGCGGCUCCCGGGCCGGGAGCUUGAAAAUCAAAGCGCUCUCCUGGGACAGGGAUCUGCGGCCAGCUCUCCCGCUCCAGCCCGUGGGAAGCCUCGGAGCAGCAGUGCAGAGGAAGGAAAGAAAUGAAUCACGAUUCAGUCAAAUCACCCUUUUUUUUUUUUUUUGGUUUUGCUUUUUUAAAUCAUUCGUAAUCGGUGGUGAGAUGCAGAGCAGAGCCAAAUCAGCCAGAGGCUCCAAAAUCAUGAAUUUUUGCAAGAACGUGCAGGUGCUGCGAGCUGGAAGCGUACAGUGCAAACUACCUCAAACCUGACAGCGAGAUCUGAAUCACGGACGGGCGAAGGCUGGGGGGGAUCCUGCCCCCUCCGGCCCCCUCCGGCCCCCUCCGGCCCCGGGCACCGGCCUCGGGCAGGGCUGUUCCCCAGGGAGCAGCUCGGGCCCCUGCGCCCUCGCCGGUGAGGAUUUUUGGCAUCGCGGGAACAUCCGUGUCGCUGCCCCAGAGAGAGGAAGACGGUGCUCUUUGGAGGAAGAGGAGGAGGAGUGCUUCAGCCGGGGGUGCAUGGCUGGGGGCUCCGGGAUCAUGGGAUCGGCGCAGGUCCGGGAGGGCGGCAUGCCACCCCUGUACAAGCCAGCUCCAUGGCAACGUGCAUUCGAACGUUGCAGAUAUAUAUUUUUUUUCCAUUUUUCUUCAAGCUUGAUACCUCUAGGCCUGGCCCCGGGCGGUGGCACAGGAGCGGGCAGGAGCGGUGGGAGCACUCCGGGAGCCGCAGGCACUGAACGGCACAAGCCACGGCGGUGCGGCCUUUUCCCUGGAAGGGUGUUAGGAGGCGGAUUUCGGAGCGGUUUGGGGCUCGGGAAAAGCGAUGCGCUAUGGACGUGGCACAGUGGGCUCGGCAUGGUGCCGCGAGGCCUCGGCAGCAGCACCCAGUCUGCCAGCAUCGUUUCAGCCUCUCUUCCGGGGAAGCACCGGGAUCGCCUGGGACGCAAAUCAGAGCAGAGACUGAGCUGCUGGAUUGCAAUGUGGGUUAAUUGGUCGUGGCGAAGUGGUGAAAGGUAUUCGCUCUUGUCGAAGGUGCCCAAAUUCGUCGCGAGGUCAAACGUGUUGUCUCCAGGCACAGCUCUGCCCCGUGAAACACGGGCGCUCCCCUAGCGCCGCGGUCGCCUUGGUCGGUCCGGUCCCCCCAGCAGAAAGCCUGCACGUCCGCGUGUCGCUCCGGCCGAGGCAGAACCCCGCGCGGAGCCCUGGAGCUUCCCGAGAGCGGCCCCGGGGCGCAGAGCCAGCGCAGGCCCGGCCCUCCGUGCAACCAACCCGUUUUUGUUUAUCUACCUCUUAGUGACAAUAGAGUAAAAAUAGGUAGCGGCAACUCCACAUGCUGUAGCGUAGGGGCAAAAAAAAAGAAAGAAAAGACAAAAAAAGACUCUUUUUCCAAAGAAAAAUGUUCUUUAAAAAUAGACAUUAUGGGCUUUCUUUUUCACUUUAAAGUGUUCAUUAGUUGUACAAGUUCCAAACCUCAGCAGUCUGAAACGUUCGCUCGUGCCUGAGUUUUUUUCUUUUUAAUGCUCAAUCCUCCAUUCCUUUUUUUUUUCCUUCACUUUUUAACUUUGCUAUUUACUUCUUCCGUCAGCAGCGCAACUUUGACUGUCUCCGGUUGUUCAGCGUAAGCCCCGGGCCAGGCCGCAGCACCCGUUCGGGAAGGCGCCGGCGAGACGGGGCCUGCCGGUGCUGUUUCCGCGGCCGCCGGGCCUUGGUGCGGCUCCCCUCGCCCCGUAGCCGAGCAGGGUCCCUGGGAGCGCCGCGGCGGCCGGUUUGGGUGGGGGGUGCCAAAUCGGGGCUGCCGCCUUGGUGCCUCCUCCCGCGUCCCACCACUGGGAGAUUCGGCGAGCGGCCGGCACCUCCUCGGCCCGGGGACGGCCGCCUCCGAGGGGCUCCCGGCCUCCGUGGGCCUGGCACCGCCGCUCCGGCCUGCUCCUCCGCCGAGCUGUAUUCGACUGUGACGAUGCUGUUUUCCCUCCUCCCGGGGGUUGUUUCAUCGCACCGGGGUGCUGCCGUGCCCCUGCUCUCACCCGUGCCUCGGCGCGGGGCGGUUUGGUGGCCGGGGGGGGCCGGGAUUAUGGCUGGACCUAGGCUCCGUUUUUCUUCCAGCGAGGUUUCGCCACAAACCGCUUUACUCCACUGUUUCAUUCUUAAAAAUAAAGAGGAACAAACAAACAAGCAAACAAACAGAA